AAAAUGUUCUACUAAAGCUGGUGAGGAUGCUUUACAUUGGAUGAGUUAUCUAUACUUUUACAUACACAAUCACUGUUUACAAAAAAAUGACGUCUGUAGAUUCCGCUCGAGAAAAAGCUCUUACGGAUUAUCGAAAGAGACUUCUUGAACACAAAGAACAGGAGGCUCGCCUUAAAGAGAUGAGAGAAAACUUAAAAGAGCUGACCAAACAAUAUGACAAAUCAGAAAAUGAUUUAAAGGCAUUACAGAGUGUAGGACAGAUUGUUGGUGAAGUCUUAAAGCAGCUGACAGAAGAUAAAUUUAUUGUGAAGGCCACCAAUGGUCCAAGAUAUGUUGUUGGCUGCAGGAGACAACUGGACAAGACUAAGUUAAAGUCAGGCACAAGAGUGGCCCUUGACAUGACUACGCUAACAAUUAUGAGGUAUCUUCCCCGUGAGGUUGACCCCCUGGUGUAUAACAUGUCAGUUGAGGAUCCAGGUGAUGUUUCCUUCAAUCAGAUUGGCGGCUUGGGAGAACAGAUCAGAGAACUCAGAGAAGUUAUAGAGUUGCCAUUGUUAAAUCCUGAAUUGUUUCAACGUGUUGGAAUUACUCCACCCAAAGGAUGUUUGCUGUAUGGGCCACCUGGCACUGGAAAAACUUUGCUGGCCAGGGCAGUGGCUAGUCAACUUGAUUGCAAUUUCCUUAAGGUUGUCUCUAGUGCUAUUGUUGACAAAUAUAUCGGAGAGAGUGCUAGACUGAUUAGAGAAAUGUUUGCUUUUGCCAGGGAUCAUGAGCCUUGUAUUAUAUUUAUGGAUGAAAUUGAUGCUAUAGGUGGCAGGAGAUUUUCUGAAGGAACUUCAGCUGAUAGAGAGAUUCAGAGAACAUUGAUGGAACUGUUAAAUCAGAUGGAUGGUUUUGAUGCACUGGGCCAAGUUAAAAUGAUCAUGGCCACCAACAGACCAGACACUUUGGACCCAGCUUUGUUGAGACCUGGAAGAUUAGACAGAAAAAUUGAAAUCUCCUUACCCAAUGAACAAGCCAGAGCUGAGAUUUUAAAAAUUCAUGCUAAUCCUAUAGCAAAGCAUGGGGAGAUAGAUUGGGAAGCUGUGGUCAAGUUGUCUGAAGAUUUCAAUGGCGCUGACUUGAGGAAUGUCUGUACAGAAGCAGGAAUGUUUGCCAUCAGGGCUGAGCGUGACUACGUAGUGGAAGAAGAUUUUAUGAAAGCUGUCAGGAAAGUGGCAGACAACAAAAAGUUGGAGAGUAAACUGGAUUACAAACCUGUUUAGAAGGAUGUGGAUACUACAAGUGAUUCGGUUUUUCAACUUUUCUCUCCAGUUUAUUGACAAUAAGAUAUGUCUAGUUCAAUUGUUCAUUUCUUUGAGAAUUAUUUCUAAGUAUUUGUAUUGCCAUGAAUAAAAUAUGUAGUGAACAAUG